GUGCACUCAGCGAUUAAACUCAUUGUAUAACUUAAUGUCUUCAGAGUAACCUGUUUACGAAUUGCUGUUUUACUGAGUUAUCCUGGUUUAUUCUAGUCAAUAUGUUGGCGGACACCCUCAUCAUUGGCAUUGCCAACAUAUUGAGUACCAUGACAAUACUGUCAUGCUUAUUUCUAAAGGUACCACAGAUCCUGUAUAUCCGGGAGAAGCAGUCUGCUGAAGGCAUCUAUGUACAGGCUAUGAUAAUGGAGAUAACUGGAUUCUCCAUAAUGACGCUAUACAACUACACUAACGGUUAUAACUUGAUGACUUACCUCGAGUAUCCCAUUAUUUUGCUCCAAGUUUAUGUACUGACCUAUUAUGUGCUUCUGUACAAAGGCGUCUUGUGUCAGCCCACAGUUUCAAUAUUUACUAUAGCCUACUGGGCUGCAGUGAGCGGUUUUGUAUCGGAAAUUCUUUCAAAGGAUAUUCUCUCGUAUCUGGUUCCGUUCUGCACUCCGUUGAGUGGUUUCGCUAAAGUUACCUACAUCUACGGCAUCAUACGUGCUGGCAACGCUGACGCCGUCUCGCUCACCACUUGGAUCAUCUCUGUCGCUACUAAUCUGGCGCGCGUAUUCACUGUAUACGUGGACUCGGCGGACGCUAAACUGAUGGCGAACUUCUGUAUCUCAACUAUGCUCAGCGCUGGAGUGCUGAUCACUGCACUAUUUUACCAACACUACGGCGCAUCGGCUACCGAUAUUUAUUCUAGAAGAAAAUGCUCACAGAGGCGACGCAGCCAUAACGAUUAGGAAAGCCUUCUCCCAUCAAAUUGUUGCAAUAUGGUUGCUCUCUCCCCCAUUUUAAGCAAAUUUUUGUUACUAAUAUAAAGGAAUACAAAUAAAUGGUAUAACGCGGUCGAUUAACGAAUGCUUCUGAAAAUGGUG